UUUCUUGAGAGUGAGACCAGCAGCAUAAUGGCAGCAAUUGCGACAACAGAUCCCGGUGAUAAUUCACAGUUUCACAGAACGUUAGUGAAACAAUUUAGAAAUAAAGCAAUGGAAUUCUUAAGUUCUAAAAAAUAUGCAAAUAACCUUUUUGAUAUACUCAGCCAAUGGAAAAAUUCCACUAAUCUGUGUAUGAUAACUUUAGAGACAAUUUUUCUAGAGGUUUUAAGAAGAGACUACAUGUACUUGGAAAGGACAAUAGCAAUUACUAUUUCCGAACCAAGUCCAGAAAUUAAAUACAUUAAUUGGUUAAGAGAAUACUAUGAAGAAACUUGGUCAAAAACCUUAUCAUGUUUUGAAAGUGAUAGAACAGUAAUACAAAAUCAAGCUUUAACAACUGCAAUUAAUAUGAUGGCACAAGAAGGAAAACACCCAAUUGAUGCACGUGAAAAUCAUGCGUAUUUUUUCCCCGUACACCGAUUAAAAUCAAUUCUCAUGGCACUGUUGUCACCCGAUCAAGACAACACGCAUCUUAUAUCAAAAUUUGAAGAAACACUCGAAUACAAAGAUGCUUUAUACUACACAUUAAAAACACUUCCAUCCUUAACUCCUAAAAGACAACCACAUAAAUUAUUUAUUAAAAAUCUUUUGGAGCUUAUCAACAGAUUGGCAUUGGCUAAAGAAAAUGCAUACAACGCAACUAGUGAAAAUCAAAAAUUGUUAUGCCAUUUACCCAAUUCCCCAGUGAAUUUUACAUGGGAUCAAUCCUCAGCCAAAAAAUCUUUGAACAAAGUUUGGGGAUGUAUCAUGCACUGGGAAUUAACGCCUCAACUCCACAAAUUGCUGUUAAUUGUUCUUGUUGAACGGGUAAUUCAACAUUUAGAAAAACCGAUAUUACUAACAGAUUUUUUGAUGGAUUCACUAGAUGUUGAUGGCCCGAUUGGAGUUCUUGCUCUUAAAGGUGUUUACGAACUCGUCACAAAGCAUAAUCUAGAGUAUCCCAAUAUUUUUACUAAACUUUAUGCCAUGUUCGAGCCGGAAAUUUUUCAUACCAAAUAUAAAGCUCGACUUUUUUAUCUCUCUGACUUAUUUUUACAAUCUACACAUUUACCCGAAGCACUCGUUGCAGCUUUCAUCAAACGUUUAGCUCGUUUAACCCUCGUUGCUCCUCCGGAAGACAUUAUGAUUAUUUUAGAAUUUAUUGGUAAUCUUCUAUUACGUCACCCUGGUCUAAAGUGUCUUAUAGAUCAUCCUCAUGGUGGUGAAUUAUCCGAUUAUCCUGGUGUAGGAGAUCCUUUUCUCAUGGAAGAACGUGAUCCUCUACAAAGCAACGCUUUGCUCAGUAGCUUGUGGGAAAUUCGUGCUCUCCAACAUCAUGUUUUGCCAAGUAUAGCAACAAAAGCAAGAUUUAUUAAUAAUCCUCUGUCUUCUAAAGAACAUGAUGUGACCGCUGCGUUAGACAAUACUGGAGAAGACAUUUUCAAUAAAGAAAUUAAAGAUACUGUCAAAGAUAUAAUGUUAACAUUUGAACGGCCGCAUUCUAUGUCAUUACCGAAAGGAGAAAGGCUAUUUCAAUACUGGCAAUUAUGA